AUGUGGUCCUUUGCAAGGCAGUUUGCUGGAGGCUAUUCAAAGUAUGAUGAAGACAGAAGCCAGGGCUGGAUUUAUCUCCAGGAACUGUUAUUGGCUCCUCCAGCCCCCGUCCAGUGGUUGCUGUUAGCGAUAUCUCUACUCUUCAGCGUCAUUGGACUUUCCAGAAGGAUUCCGUUCCAGCUCACAAGGUCAGGUAAACUCAGCAGUGGCUGCAAAAGAACAUUCCAGAGUUCAUCUCUGUCUCGGAUUGGCCCUCAGGAAGCCCUGAUCUCAACCCACUAUUGUCCGAACUGGAGAGGAUGGCAUGCCACAGAGCAGACCCUAAUUUGGAAAGCUUUAAACAAUCUCUGGGCGCCUCUCGAGUUGAGGGCCAAAUACAUGAAUAAAUAUCUUAACUGUAUCCUUGAGGCUGGUCCUUCGUCCUACAUGUUAUGGUUGACGAUGAGGUUUAAUAUAGUCGUGGUUAGUGCAAUAGGUCUGCAGCAGGCAAUGGAUACAUAUCAUCAACGAUCAGAUCAUAUUUCAUCUUCGAUGCAGCGUCCUCCUUCAACUUGCCCUCUCUUCUCGGAAAUACUGUUCGAUAGAGCUGGAAAUACUGAACGGAUUGAUUAA